AGGGAAAGGUGCCGAGGAGAAACUGUAGGAAGGACUGAGCUCGCGGCGGAGCCUCCUGUCACACGGGGAAGUGCUUUGAAGCGCGCUGGGACCGUCGCUUCGUGGUGGAGCGGAAUGCAGAAGAGGAAUGUGGAAAGGAAAGAAACAAGAAAAAGAAAAUGCACAUAUUUUGGGAAUAGUCCAUGGUACCAACAUCUGUGUCACAUAAUAGUGGCAUGUUGACAACAUUUGCCUAGCUGUUUAUUAUUGAAGAAGAAUUUUUUACUUAAAAGAAAAAAAAAGAAAAGAAAAACCCCAGCAGGCUACAUAAGUAAAAAACUUUUCAGGUAUCUCCCUUGUAUGUGUUCGUGGUCAGCUGAUGAUGGGUCAGAGGGUUUACAUCCUGAGUCAGUAAGGCUUCCACUCUGCCAAUUGAUCUAUGUGUGGGUUGGGGAAUACAUUCAAAGUUCAGGACUAACUUCUUGAGUGCUUAGAGUCUGAGAAAAAUGGCAAAUGUGAAUAAAGAGUCUAGGCAUCUUCUCAUCUCUGAGGUAGAUCAUGAAAUAAAUCCCGGACCUUUGAAUAUACAGUUUGACUCACCAGAUCUAAGAUCUAAAAGGCCCUUCUAUAUAGAGCCCACAAACAUCGUCAAUGUGAAUAAUGCCAUUCAGAGAGUUAGCGACCAUGCCUCUGCCAUGAACAAAAGGAUUCAUUACUACAGCCGGCUCACCGCUCCUGCAGACAAGGCACUGAUUGCCCCAGAUCAUGUAGUUCCAGGACCAGAAGAGUGCUAUGUGUAUAGUCCACUGGGUUCUGCUUAUAAACUAGAAAGUUACACUGAAGGAUAUGGUAAAAACUCCAGUUUAGUAACCAUUUUUAUGAUUUGGAAUACAAUGAUGGGAACGUCUAUACUAAGCAUUCCUUGGGGCAUAAAACAGGCUGGAUUUACUACUGGAAUGUGUGUCAUCACGCUGAUGGGCCUGUUAACACUUUACUGCUGCUACAGAGUAGUGAAAUCACGGACUAUGAUAUCUUCAUUGGAUACCACGACCUGGGAAUUUCCAGAUGUUUGCAGAUAUUAUUUUGGCUCUUUUGGGCAGUGGUCGAGUCUCCUUUUCUCCUUGGUGUCUCUCAUUGGUGCAAUGAUAGUUUAUUGGGUGCUUAUGUCUAAUUUUCUUUUUAAUACCGGAGAAUUUAUUUUUAAUUUUAUUCAUCACAUUAAUGACACAGACUCUGUACUGAGUACCAAUGAUAGCAACCCUGUGAUUUGUCCAAGUGCCAAGAGUGGUGGCCAUCCUGACAAUAGCUCUAUGAUAAUUUUCUACGCCAAUGACACGGGAGUCCAGCAGUUUGAAAAGUGGUGGAAUAAAUCCAAGACAGUGCCCUUUUACCUCAUAGGGCUCCUCCUGCCACUGCUCAAUUUCAAAUCACCUUCAUUUUUUUCAAAGUUUAAUAUCCUAGGCACAAUAUCUGUGCUCUUUUUGAUUUUCCUUGUCACCUUGAAGGCUGUUCACUUGGGAUUGCAUUUGGAAUUUCAUUGGUUUACACCAACAGAAUUUUUUGUACCAGAGAUAAGAUUUCAGUUUCCACAGCUGACUGGAGUGCUUACUCUUGCUUACUUUAUUCAUAAUUGUAUUAUCACACUCUUAAAGAACAACAAGAACCAAGAAAACAAUGUGAGGGACCUAUCCGUUGCUUAUAUGCUGGUGACAUUGACUUAUCUUUAUAUUGGAGUCCUAGUUUUUGCUUCAUUUCCUUCACCGCCAUUAUCCAAAGAUUGCAUUGAGCAGAAUUUUUUAGACAACUUCCCUAGCAGUGACAUCCUGUCCUUCGUUGCGAGGAUAUUCCUGCUGUUCCAGAUGAUGACAGUAUACCCGCUCCUAGGCUAUUUAGCUCGUGUCCAGCUAUUGGGCCAUGUCUUCGGUGACAUUUAUCCUAGCAUUUUCCACGUGCUGGUUCUUAAUCUAAUUAUUGUGGGAGCUGGAGUGAGCAUGGCCUGUUUCUAUCCAAACAUAGGAGGAAUCAUAAGGUAUUCAGGAGCAGCAUGCGGCCUGGCCUUUGUGUUCAUAUAUCCAUCUCUCAUCUAUAUCAUUUCCCUCUACCAAGAAGAACGUCUGACAUGGCCUAAGUUAAUCUUUCACAUUUUCAUCAUCAUUUUGGGCCUGGCUAACCUGAUUGUUCAGUUUUUUAUGUGAAAUACUCAACUGAUUUCUUAAAAUCUUUGAUGGUAUUUUGAGCUUUGACAACGGUUCCACAUAAAUUCACCUGUAAAUGCUGUUGUUGCUGUAAUUCUAAAUGUUUUCCUAAGAAACAGGCAGUUCCCGGGUUACGAACAUCCAACUUACGUACAACCUGUAGAUACGAGUCAGCCCCCAAAAAGCCUGUUAAGAAUCUGAGGUACAUACAAUGGUUUGCAAUAACAAACGGGCGCUACUUUUAGACACAUAUCAGAACAUUAUUAUUAUGUUAAAGAUGUUUUAGUGUAUCUGGAAGUGUUCCUUUAAUUUUUUUUUAAUGCAUAGAAAGGUACACUGUAUACCAUAUUCUAAGACAAACGUUUGACUGACAACUUACCUACAAAUUCGACUUAAAGACAGAUUUAGGGACGCACUUGUUCAUAAUCCGAGGACUGCCUGUAAUUUGAAAACGAGGGGAAGAAAAGCAGUCCAUUAAUAAGUGUUUUUAUUAAAGUAGGGAAAGGGGCAAUACGAAUGAUCUUAGUCUCUUCGCCUUUCUCGUAUUCACGCACCUCUUCGUUCUCAUUUUCUUGUCUGAAUAGAAAUGUGUGUCCUAGGAAAAAUCAUGCUAGGUUUUGCUUUGGGAGAUAUAAGGUGGUCGGGUUGUUGUGGCUACAACAAAGAUUCUCAGGGUAUCACAGAAACAUAUUAUCGGGUCCUGUUUCUGUUUGAUAUUUCACUGUAUUCACUUUCAUUUGAUAAUGUACUUGAAUGUUUUAACACGUGGAAAACUGAUUUUUUGCCCAUUUAAUGAUGAAUAAGACAAAGAAUGCAUUAUUAACUAAACUAAAAAGCAAUGCAGAUCUUUGCUUUUGUUUUCUUGAUAAUUUAGAGCCUCCAGAAUACUGUAUUAGAUAGACUUCUGCUGAACGGCUUUGCCUUCUUGAUUUCCUUUCCAUGAGACCAGCUCCUUUGGCCCGUUAUUUGGCUUGGUUAGAGAACUCUUUGUGUGUGAGCAUUUAUCUCCUGGCUCACACAUUACAAUGAUGAGAUAUGAGCUCAUUCAGAUCACAUCACUGUUAAUUUUAGACUUUCUUUCCUCUCCUGUCAUCUCUUUGAAUUUUCUAACUAAAUUUUUUUUUCAUUCCUUUUGCUUUGAUGUGGUUAAACCUUAGCUGCUCUGACGUUAGCUUGUUUAACACACAACUGAGGACAUUAUAAAGUUUAAAAUGGGUUGUUUAGCGUGAUCUUCCUUAGAAAGCCUCUGGGUACUAAUACUAAACAAACGAGGAAGGCUAAAGAAAAUGUAACGAAGUUUAGCAUCUGUGGGUGUUACCCUAAUUCAGUUUCAUCAUCACACCCAAAAAAUGUAUUUGAAGUAGGAAAUAAAUCUAUCCAUAAAAAAAGGACUAUGUUAAAGGGAAAUACUCACUUUAUUUGCAUCAAGUAUAUUUUGCAAAUACAACGUCAUGGCAGCUAUUAAAUGUAGAAGCAGAAGAAUUUUCUGUUUCACCUUGGAGUUCAUUUGGAGAAAUUUUGAUUCAUGCUUUGAUUUGUUCAUUUCUGUAAAUAAUUGCAUAAACUACAGUGUUCAGUGCUUUGGGGAGACAGAGAUGUUUAAGACAUCAUUCAUAUCCUAAAGGAACUUUUAGUUAGGUAAAGGAACCCUGUACAUAAUUAACUAUAAUGCAA